UUUCCGUUAAUAAAAAAUGGAAAUCCGGUCCUGUCUUUUUUUCGGGAUUUACGCGUUUCGAUGUUGGUAUGGUAGAACUUUCCAGAAUUUGACGUUUGUAGAAUUUGUCAUAACCUCACUUGUUUGGAGGCAUUUUCAGUGCGAUUAAACGGUAAAAUGGCUGGAAAAAUCGAAGAACUCAAAAAAGACAUGGCUGAGCUUCAAGCCCUCGAAGCUCAAGCAACUCGACACAAAGUGAAAGACCUUUUGUCGUUAGAAGCGAGAAAAAUCUCAUCGGAAAUCAUUAAAUUACAAGAACAGUUAAAUGCCCCAUCGACUGCGACACCAAUUAGUGCAAAAAAUAAUCGUUAUCAAGUCAAAUUAAACAAUUACGCUUGGGAUCAAACAUCGAAAUUUGUGAAGUUUUAUGUUACUCUUCCAAAAGUUCAGACAAUUCCACAGGAAAAUGUUGUGUGUCACUUCACUAACAAGUCGCUCGAGUUGGAGGUCCGAGAUCUUGAAAAUAAAGAUUAUGUCUUCACUAUUAAUAAUCUGCUCAGCGCUAUUGAUCCACAGGCGAGCAAUUGGAAGGUUAAGUCAGAUAUGGUUGUUAUAAAUGCAGCCAAGGUCAAAAGUGACCACUGGUCCCAUGUCACUGAACUCGAGAAGAAAGUUGAUGAUGCACAAAAAGCCAAAUUCAAGACAGGUGAUAACGUGGAUCCCAAUGAAGGCAUUUUGUCAUUAAUGAAGAAUAUGUAUGAGACAGGUGAUGAUGAAAUGAAAAGGACAAUUGCUAAAGCUUGGACAGAAAGCCAAACGAAAUCACCUUUACUCUAACCGGUUUUUAUAUUUUUUUUAUUUAUAUUUUGGUAAUUUUUUUCAAGUAUCAAAGUUAUGCAACCAAGUAUACAGUGAGAAAUUUGUUUAAUGUCAACGUCUUGGUAUUUAUUUCGAUUUAUUAAUAAUUACAGUGUAACAAAUUUGAGUAGAAUGGGAGGUGAAGUAACCGUUUUGUGGUCACAAUUGAAUUUAAAUUUUGCUCCCAAAACCGUGACUUGAUGCAUAGUAACAAGCAAAUUAAUUUUUUUUUAAGUUUAUACAAAGAUAAGGUUAAAUAUAUUAGAUAAAACAAG